AUGGCGGUUGACACGAUGGAAUCGGUAGCCGUGGUGGCCGUGCCGUUCCCGGCGCAGGGCCAUCUGAACCAGCUGCUCCACCUGUCGCUGCUGCUGGCGUCGCGGGGGCUCUCCGUGCACUACGCGGCGCCGCCGCCGCACGUCCGGCAGGCGCGUGCGCGCGUGCACGGCUGGGACCCCAGGGCGCUCGGCUCCAUCGAGUUCCACGACCUCGACCGCCUCUCCGCCACCCACCGCCGCGUGGCCGUCGUGUUCGACCGCCUCAACCCCUUCGCCGCCACGGAGGCGGCGCGGCUGGGCAACGGCGAGGCGUUCGGGCUGCAGUGCGUCGCCAUCUCGUACGACCUCGGGUGGCUGGACCCCGGGCACCAGCUCAUCAGUGACUACGGCCUCAGGCAGCCGCCGGCGUCGGUGCUCUACGUCUCGUUCGGCACGACUUCGUGCCUCCACGCCGAGCAGGUCGCCGAGCUCGCCGCGGCCCUGAAGGGCAGCAAGCAGCGUUUCAUCUGGGUGCUGCGCGACGCCGACCGCGCCGACAUAUACGCCGACGAGUCCGGCGAGAGCCGGCACGCCAAGUUCCUGUCCGAGUUCACCAAGGAGACCGAGGGGACGGGGCUGGUGAUCACCGGGUGGGCGCCACAGCUGGAGAUCCUGGCGCACGGCGCCACGGCCGCGUUCAUGAGCCACUGCGGCUGGAACUCGACCAUGGAGAGCCUGAGCCACGGGAAGCCGGUGCUCGCCUGGCCCAUGCACUCCGAUCAGCCCUGGGACUCGGGCUGCUGUGCAAGUACCUCAAGGCGGGGCUCCUGGUGA